AUGUUGAGAUCGCCAAGACGCAUCGAAAGCAACCUGUACAACUUGAAACUGACGGUGAAACAGCUUCUCAAGAGCUCGAAGAGAUGUUCCAAGCUGGAAACCGAGGAGGUACAGAUGACGAGGCAGGCGAUGAAGAAGGGCCACGUCGAAGAAGCCCGGAUCCACGCCGAGAACGCAAUCCGGCAGAGGACCCAGGCGCAAAACUAUCUGCGGAUGAGCGCGAGGGUGGACUCGGUCAUCUGUAAGAUAGAAAGCGCCAUGCUCUCCGGCCGUGUGACCAACUCGAUGAACAAGGUGGUCAAGUCGAUGCACGUCGCCCUCCAGUCGAUGGACCUCAUCAAGAUAUCGAACGUCAUGGAGAAGUUCGAAAGGCAGUUCGAGAACCUGGACGUGCAGGCGAGCUUCCUCGAGGAUGCCAUGCACAGCACCGCUGCCUCCUCGAUACCCAUAUCCGAAGUGAACAAGCUUCUCCAGCAAGUUGUCGACGAGACUGGGCUAGAGGUGAAUCUCCAGUUGCCUCAACCUGGCACGAGCGUUGAGGCACCAGAGACCAUCAACGAUACGGAACUCAUACACAGACUGGAAAACCUUAAACACAUCAAAUAA